GCGCGCUGCGGGCGCUGGUGCGAGACAGCUGGCGCUGGGAGCAGCGGAGUGGCCGGAGGCGCCGCGAGCUGUGCUGCAGGGAGACGCUGCAGCUGCCACCCCUGCACAGAAGGAACCUCUGCUGCCCACCCUUCCUCUCUUUUGGAAAUGGCCGGUGAAAUCACAGAGACCGGGGAGCUCUAUUCUCCCUACGUUGGACUGGUGUACAUGUUUAAUCUCAUCGUGGGCACAGGUGCGCUCACCAUGCCCAAAGCCUUCGCCACAGCCGGGUGGCUUGUCAGCCUCGUCCUGCUGGUGUUCCUGGGCUUCAUGAGCUUUGUAACGACCACCUUUGUGAUGGAGGCCAUGGCAGCCGCCAAUGCGCAGCUCCGCUGGAAGAGGAUGGAAAACCACAAGGAGGAGGAAGGUGACGACUCCUCAUCAGACUCAGACAGUGAUGUUCUCAUCCAGGACAACUAUGAGCGGGCAGAGAAGCUGCCCAUCCUAUCUGUGCAGAGACGUGGAUCUCCCAACCUUUUUGAAAUCACAGACCGGGUGGAAAUGGGACAGAUGGCAUCCAUGUUCUUCAGUAAAGUGGGUGUCAACUUGUUCUAUUUCUGCAUCAUUGUUUACCUGUAUGGGGACCUGGCCAUCUAUGCUGCAGCCGUGCCCUUCUCCCUCAUGCAGGUGACCUGCAGCAUCACUGGCAACGACUCCUGUGGCGUGGAGGCAGACACCAAACACAACGACACCGACCUGUGCUGGGGGCCCCUGCGCCGAGUGGACGCCUACCGCAUCUUCCUGGCUGUCUUCACUCUCCUCCUCGGACCUUUCACCUUCUUUGACGUGCAGAAGACCAAGUACCUACAGAUCCUCACCUCUCUCAUGAGAUGGAUCGCUUUCAUCAUCAUGAUCGUGCUGGCACUGGUUCGCAUCGGGCACGGGCAAGGGGAGGGUCACCCGCCCCUGGCCGACCUCUCAGGGGUCCGGAACCUGUUUGGGGUGUGCGUCUACUCCUUCAUGUGCCAGCACUCCCUGCCGUCCCUCGUCACCCCCGUCUCCUCCAAGCGCCACCUCACACGGCUGGUGUUUCUGGACUACGUACUGAUCCUGGCCUUCUACAGCCUCCUCUCCUUCACUGCCAUUUUCUGCUUCCGUGGCGACAGCCUCAUGGACAUGUAUACCCUCAACUUCGCGCGCUGCGACAUCGUGGGCCUGGCUGCUGUCCGCUUCUUCCUGGGCCUCUUCCCUGUCUUUACCAUCAGCACCAACUUCCCCAUCAUUGCCGUGACCCUGCGCAACAACUGGAAGACACUCUUCCACCGCGAGGGUGGCACGUACCCGUGGGUGGUGGACCGCGUCGUGUUUCCCACCAUCACCCUGGUGCCCCCCGUGCUGGUGGCCUUUUGCACCCACGACCUGGAGUCCCUGGUGGGCAUCACAGGAGCCUAUGCCGGCACCGGCAUCCAGUACGUCAUCCCUGCCUUCCUGGUGUUCCACUGCCGCAAGGACACCCAACUGGCCUUUGGCUACGGAACCGUCAACAAGCACCAGUCCCCGUUCCGCCACACCUUCUGGGUGGGCUUCGUGCUGCUCUGGGCUUUCUCAUGCUUCAUCUUUGUCACGGCCAACAUUGUCCUCAGCGAGACCAAGCUCUGAUGGCAGCCACCUCCCCACCUGCAGAGCCAAGAUUCAGUUGCCUCCCUGGUCCUCACGGGGCAGGUGAGGCAGGGCUCUCAGAGGGGACCCUCUGUGUCUCCAGCUGCGGGUCUUGUCCCCGCCCAAGACUCCACCCAGUCUGCACCUGGCCUCACUCACCAGGGCAGCGCUCCUCCCAGGUCCUCCUGCCUGGGGUGGCGUGCGGCUGCUCCCAGAUUCCAGGACUCGUUACCAGAAUCACCCCCUCUGUUUUACAACAUGCUCCAAUCCCCCCACCACCACCACCCCACGGCCAGAGCAGGCCCGUUCCUCUGUGUGGUGGGAGACGCGGUGCUGGCACUGCUGCUAUUUAUACUAGAGCCUUUGUCCCCUCGUCCUGCCUCCCCGGCCCCUCCUGCGUCCUUGCCUGGGAAAUGCUCCACUAGCAGCUGCUGCCUCAUCAGAGGUGAAUCCCAGGCCCUAACCAUCCUAACCCAGCUGCCUGUGAGGGCAGGGCCCACCUUCCGCACCAGGCCUGGGAGUCGCUAAGUGCCACUCCUAGGGGAGGACCUGGAGAACGGGAAGUGCUAAUUGGCACCAGGGCCCUGGACCAGAGCUGUGAUGGCCCUUGCUGUGGGCGCCAGCUCUGGAGCAGCAGGCUGGAUGCCAUGUCCCUUCCACAUGGGGACACAGCAGCCUGUAAGCUGGGCUUAAAGCCCGGAGCUUGUCAUCUCCAAGAGGCACCCUCUGCUACCCUGGCUGCCCCGCCAGGGCUCCCAGGGCCUCCUGCAGUGUUGAGGAAAGCUGCACCCACCUGCCACCCUCAGUGGCUUGGGAGCGCCCUGGGCAUGUGGCAGUGCGAGAGACCCGUGGUUCCCACCCUCCAGGAGGCCAGGCCUGCAGGGCAGCAGCCUGGCUCGGCCACCCUGCUCCUGCUCCAACACUAAAAGCAGCUCCCGUUAGAACUGGGCCGUGGGUGCUCAGUGUUCACGCUCUCCAUGUCCCUUGGAUGACACGGGGUUGGAUGGGGCACUGCUGCCAUUCCCGUGGAAGAAGACCAGGUUCCCAGCCAUCUCCCACUCAAUCAUGCAUGCGCCUGCGGGGCCGGCCUCUGUGGGCACACAGGUGACUUACUGAACUCUUCAUUUCAAUGUGCCUUCUCCUGCUUCAGGACCUGGGGGUCCUUCCUCACACUCCCUGGCUUGCCCCCAGCCCUGGGUCUGGUACCACAGUCCCAGAGCCCAGAGCAGCUUGCCUCGGAGCUGCCUCUGGCAGGGGUCUCAGGCCCCUGCCCCUCUGUCUUUUGAUUUCAGUGCCUUGCUCGGCCCUCGUGAGGGAAUCUUUGUUGCCUCCUUCCCCCUGUGUCUCACCUUCUUCAGGCCUUGGACAAAGCAAUGGUGCCGGGUCUCCUGUGGCCCAAGGUGAUCUCAGGGCCGGGCUGUGUGUGGGGCGUCUGCGGGCAGAACAACAGGUGCAGCCCGUGAGAAGCCCUGGCUCGUAAUCGGCCUCAACCUGCGCUCUCGCUGUUCACACAUCAGCGGUCUCACAGCUUGUCCCCACACACCGUCCUUUUCCAUCCAGGUGAAAAAUGAACACCCCUUCCCCAUCUGCCACUGUGGCUUCUUCUCAGGAGGCCCUGCCCUGGCAUGGGCAGAGCCCGGAGAGCACCACAGUGCUGAGGCCGAAGAUAGCGAGGACCUGGUCCAUCCCCCUGUGGCCCGGGCCCUCCCUGGAGCUACCUGGCUGUUUGCUGAAAACUCAAUUAAAACAUCUGUACUUA